AUGGCAUCGUCAAAUGUUAACGUUCUGCUAUCGUCAUUCCCUGGACUUUCGCUACCAGCGACCGUCUCGUUUUCGUUGGCAUCGACCUCGACAAUCUCAGAUCUAACCGACAAGGUCGCCUCAUAUCUCCCGUCUUCGCUUUCUCUACAGUCACUUAUUCUUACGACGACCAACAACAAACAAAUCACUCCCUCGUCCGAUCCCCUGCGAUAUCUCUUUUGCACUCAUGAUGGCACCACCUCGGCCCCCUCCGCUAUCCUUCCAGUUCGCCUGUCCGUUCCCCUAUGCGGUGGUAAAGGUGGAUUCGGCUCUCAGCUUCGUGCUGCCGGCGGUCGUAUGUCAAGCAAACGCAAGCGCAAUCAAGGCGAUAGCAACAGCUCCAGUCGCAACCUCGACGGCCGCCGCCUGCGUACCGUGAAUGAGGCCAAGGCCCUCGCUGAAUAUCUCGCCGUCAAGCCUGAGAUGGAUAAGAAGGAGAAGGAAGAAAGACGACGACGAUGGCAAGCAGUUGUGGAUAUGUCCGAGAAGCGACAGGAUGAAAUCAAGAAUGGUGAUGGGAAGCAAAAGGUUGACGGGCAGUGGAUGGAAGACAAGGAAGAAUCCAUUGAGAAGGCCCAUGAGGCGGUUUUACAAGCCAUGAAGGAUGGCGCAUGGACCGACAACCUCCGAGAUGUGAUUCUUGGUGGCUCUAGCACAAGUGCCAGUGAAGGCAGCGAGCAUGCUACUUCCUCUAGCUCAGACGAAGAAGAAGAGCAAGGUCCAUCAUCCAGUUCUGCAGGUCCCUCUGCCCCGAAGCCUGCUGCUGCUCGACGUUUCAUUGGUUUCGAUGACGAUGACGAAUUUAUGAGCGACUCCGAGGAGGAAAAAGAGGCAGAGCCUGAAGGCAAAGGCAAGGGUAAGGCUCGCGCUUAA